CAGAAGAAGAGCAGAAUCAUUUGUGCUUUACAUUAAUGACGACUUAUUGAUUAAUGAUUAAAGUAAUUUAUUUUAUACUACUGAUAAAACAACUGACAUCAAACACUGACGAGAUAUUUCUGUAGUUCACAGAAAGGAAAGAGGAAUCUGAGUGAUCAUAAUGUCGUUCAGAAUCAGACGGCUCUAUGAGAGAUGCUUCACAACCACACCAGUGUCGAAUCAGAGAGUGAGAUUGGUGUCGAGACGUCCUGAUGAUUACGAGUACACAAACGUCUGUACUGACAGUCAGUAUUAUGAAUCAGACGGUGACGGUCACAGAGACAGACGUGAUGAAGUGAUGAAUGGCAGAACGGAGGCGCGGUAUGUCAAUAUCAGAACAAAAGAGGAUUCUCCAUCAGGACUACAACAGGCCGAUUACAGGUGCAGUAGUAGAGUAAUCCCUCAGCCUGGUGUCAGAGGUCAAAGGUCAUCCGCUCCUCAGACUGUGCACAGUGCAGGAGAGGACGCGGUCUUGCAGGCCAUCAAGAAUCUACACAAACAUGUUGACUGUGAAAGUGUGAAACACAGGAAUCUGAAGCCGUCCGUCCGCAGGCGUCCAACUGAGAGCAGAUGCGAGCUGUCCAGGACCAGUCACCAGAAUCCCUCGAGAUCUGCAAGCGUCCAAAAACCAAAACAAAUGCAGGAGCGAAAGCGAAAGUUCUCCUCUGAAAACAGCAGCUCCAGUUUCUUCUUCUCUGCUCAAACAAACAUCAGCACUGAGCGACCAGGUCACACAAGCAGCUUUGGCCCUCCAUAUGUUUGUGUUCCACUGAAGAAACAAUGUCAUACGCAUUCAGAACAACAUGAGGAAGAAGACAGGCCACAUGUUGAUCUCGCUGGAGGAUCUAAAAAUGUUCCUCCACACCGUUCUCCAUCAGCCAGCAAGAUAUUUUUCUCCGAUCUGGAUGAGAUUCCUGGUUUGGGUGGAGAACUCAAGGAACAUGUUGAGACUUCAGAAGAAAGUCGAGCUCAAACCAUCACAACCAAAGCUGUGGAGAUCGAGAAGUUGUACAAACAGGACUGUGAGACUUUGGGAACGGUGGUGAAGAUGCUGAUAGCCAAAGGUCCGACUCUCGAACAGCAACUUCUGUCGGCGCUGAAAAAGAACCUGGUUGAUAUCAGAGAACGAAGCCUGGAGAACUUCCGCCAGUUCAUCUCUGAGGUGAAUGAACCAGUUGGCCAAACGUAACCUCGAUCCAUAACUGGACCAUCAAGAACUUAAUCUGACUACCUCAACUGGAAUAAACACUCACUACAUUAACAGUUUAGAGGUAAUUGUGUAUUUAUUUGUUUUGCCAAUUUUACCCAGUUUUUGCAUUAUUCAGCACAAAUAAAUGUUUUUUAAAGCUUAUUUGUUAAGUCAUUUUGUACGAACAAGAACCACAUUAGCGGUUCACUGUUUAUCCUAUAGUAUAACUUACUGUACUAUAACGAUAAUAUAUAAAUACUGUUUAAUAGUAUAUAUAUAUAUAUAUAUAUAUAUAUAUAUAUAGUUGAGUGUUAAAACAAAUUUGUUGAAAAAAGCUUUUUAUUGUAUGGGUAUAUAUUAUAUCGUUAUUUAGGUCAUAUGGUGACUUCAAAAUGUGACUCGCUCAUUUUGUUGCACGUCUGGCCAGUUUUUCUUCACAUAUUUUCAUUCCUAAUUAUAAUGUUGUAUUUUUGCCUUUACUUGACUUUUGUGAACAAUGUUUAACGGGUGCUUAAGAACUCAAUAUUUUAAUUAAACAA